CUACCUCCGCCAUGUUCUGCCUCCCCGUGGCUCUGCCUCCUGCCAAUCCGCCCACCGCUCCCCUCUCGCUCGUCGCCCACAUCUUCCCCACUCUCUUGCGAGAGCAGUUUCCCCACCUCGCGCUCCUCUCCGGCCUCACGCUCCGCUCCUCCCUCCCCCUCGCUCACCGCUCCGGUCUCGCCAUCCCCUCUCCGCUCCCCCACCUCGCGCUCCGCUCCGCCCUCCCACCUCGCGCUCCGCUCCACCCUCCUCCUCGUCGCGCUCGCCGCCGAGGUGCCGACACCCGCGCUCGACGCCGCCGCGGCGAGCUCCCACCUCCCCCUCGUUCAUCGCUCCGGCCUCACCCUCCCUCUCUCCGCUCCGCCCUCCUCCCCGUCGCGCACGCCGCCGCGGCCAAGGCCCACUCACGGCACCCUCACUCUCCCCCGCUCGCCAUCGUCGCCCUCUCUCGCCAUCAUCGCCCUCUCUCCCCUCCUCACUGCUGUCGUCGCCCUCUCCCUCCUGCGCAACGACCUGCGCCCCACUCUUCCGUUGCGCCGCCGGGUCGUGACGCGGGAGGGGCUCCUGCACCGUCGUUCGUCCGCCGCGACCCACGGGAGGACUCCUACGCUGCCACCAUGACAGCGCCCACCACAACGUUGUCCCAGCGCUGGUGGUGGGGGCAGCGGCUACCUGGGCCAGCAUCUCCGAUCCUUGCCACAUUCGCCUCGGCCGCCGGCUGCCUCGACGUCGCGUUCACCCACUACAGCCAGGCCCAGCCGCAACCGCUCCUCGAUGCGCACCCCUCCGUCCGCGACUUCCACAUCGACAUCCGCUCUGGCUACGGCUUCGAGGCGAUAUCCACGACCUUCGGCCAGGAAAUCUCCUCCUGCAUUUGCUUGAACAUUCGGCCGACGGGUACUGGUUCAUUUGCGAAUUGCGCGUGUUGAUUUGUUGUGAGAGAAAAGUACUGCUGGUUGGCUCGUGGCUGCUGGCUGGGGUGUGAGAGAAAAAUACUGUUGGCUGGAUGCAGCGAGAAGAGUCUGAUUCAAUGUUUUGCGAUUGCCUGGUUUCGUUUCAUGGAUUACUAGCUCAGUAGUAGUAUUAAGUUCUUCACUAACUGAGGAGCAUGCUAACUUUGACCUGUUCAAAUCUAUGUAGUUGUCAGCUGUACUGCAAUCUCAGUUCCUCGGGCUCGGGCAUGUGAAAUGGAUCCACCCACUGCUAUAGUGCUAUGGCUACAAAUGUGCCUUCUACAAAGAAGAGGACGAGACCUUGCCGGUGAACAUUAGUAUCUGACUAAGAAGGCACUUGGCAUUUGGAUUCAGUGGAUGGAUAGUGUUCUUUUACAGGCCCAACAAACUGCAGAUGGCUGAAUCGGUUGCUGCUGUUCGUGGAUAUAGUCACAGUAUAAUCAAAUCUGUAUCUGCAUCAUCGGUAUUAAUCUCGUCUCUGUGAUGGAUCUGCCUGUUAACACACAUGCACUUUUUCAACCAGCAUCGAAGCGUCCAUAUCUGCCUGUUUACACACAUGCACUUUUUCAAAUCUACAUUUUUCUUUCUUUGUUACUCCCGUAAUGAUUCUCCAAAAGAAUCAAACAUAGUUGUUUCAGAAGCAUGAUAUUUAAGAUGCAGGUUGGGUUUAACUUUUCAACUGAAAUAGUUUACAACCUUAGCAUUGAGUUCCCUUUAAGCAUUGUGCUUUGGUAUGAAGCUGCGUUGUCUGUUACUUGGUUCCAGCAUUGGGAAAAAAAUACUUGCUAGGUGCUCAAAUUAUCAAGUAGACAUAACCUUUUAUAUAAACAUUUAUUUAUACUUCCAAGUUCUAAUUUAAGCUAAUUUCAUGACUUUAUCGUUAUAUAUCAUUACAAAUAGUAUUGCAUACUAAAUAGAUACUUAUAAAGAUAACUUUUUAUCACCCAUUUUUUCUCACUCCUUUUUUACCCCUUGCAAAGUGCUGAUUGCCUAGAGUGAUUGCAGUUUUUCAACAAAGUCCAAGCAGGUUUAGCAGCUACUACCACUUCUUUCUUAGGGCGCGUUUGGGAAAGCUCCGGCUCCGGCUCCGCACAUCGCUUUCGGACCGGAGAAGCCGGAGCCGCACCAAACAGCCGCAGCAGUGGAGCCGCUCCUAACCAUCUGCAGGAGGAGCUGGAGCCAUUUUUGUACUACAUUGGUGGAGCCACAAAUUGCAGCACCGUGGCUCCGGCUCCGGCUCCACACACAGAGCCCUCGGCGAGGAGCCCAAACAAACAGGCCCUUAGUUUCUUCCUCAGCUCCAGCGUUUGGACCCUUCCUCUAUUGCUACUGGUUUCUCUUUAGAGCUAAGUAUCCUACUGCUUUAAAACUGAUGUCACUUUGGAUAUGGUGCUGAGAGGAUUUCAAGACAAUGGCCAAGAGUGCUCGACUUCAGCGAUCAGAUCUUAUUUUCAGGUUCAUAGAAAAAAAAACUUGACCUGCGGGGGGAAAGAUCGCCCCCACGGCAUUGUAUUAAGAAGAAGACCUUCUCACACAGGUCAAGAAAACCCCCGAACCCCUGCCCCCACCCAUACAUAGUGGCCCGUCGCCUUGUGAGUUAGGCCGGACCCCAACUAUGCUUUGGAUAUGGGGACAGACGAGGGGAUUUUUUUGUGAGAACGUGGAGUCGAACUCCCGACAGCAGGUCUUUUGGAUGGAAAGUACGAUGCCUCCCUCAACAGUCAUUCUUCAUGGUGCCUCCAUUCUUCAUGGUGGGAGGCAGUGAGGAAGUCAUUUAAGAAACAUGCAUCACUUUCUAACCUGUUGCUUAUCAAGAAUGCCUAGCAGCCCCCGCACAAAUCUGAAUGUCUAUGUCAAUAGCAACAGGCCUCUUAUGUUGUACUUUGGUUGAAUAUUUUGAUGUGAUUAUCCGAUGGUUGUUUGAUUUGCAUCAAAAUUUGUCCCUGUA